AUGUCCGUCGGCCAGGUCUCUCGACAGACGUCUCAAUCUUCCCGGUCGACGACUUCGAAUCCGCGAAUCAUAAGCCAUACACCUCCGCCGAUCAGUCUGACUCCCGAGAGCUCCGAUCAGGAAUUCGAGCCAUGUGCGGCGACAGCAUCCUUCCUGCUGUAUUCGCAGCGAACUCAGAUCCUGGUGCUGCACCACGACACCCUGUCCAUCGAGCGGCGGUUCGAGCUGCAUCGCGAAGAUGUGCAGUGGAUUGUGGUGGACAAUGUCAGUGACCGAGGCUCCGGGCGGUUGGCGGUCAGUUUCGACAAGGGGAGGACGGCGAUUGUGUGGGACAUACUCAGCGGUGGAGAGGUUGCGAGAUUCUCGGCGUACGAGGACAUGCGGACGGCAUGCUUCAUGCGCAAUGGCAACAUCGCAUUCGGUAAGGAAACCGCGUUGGUGGAAGAGGAAGGUGGGUGGGAUGGCUGACGGGGAAGCAGCGAACGACCAGGGAAACAUCAUCUUGUUCGAACCUUCCACUUCCGAACACAUCUCGGCACGAACCAUCUUCGAUCCCAUCACGGCCAUCGCACCCGCCGCCGACUGCAGGACCUUUGCCAUUGGCUAUCUCAAUGGCUCCAUCCUCGUCGCGACGCUGCAACCCUCCUUCACCAUCGUACACACCCUCAACGCCGCGCGAUCCCCUUCUCGCAUCACGGGCCUCGCGUGGCAUGGAUCGUCGUCGAAGCAGAAGACCGACAUGCUGGCCACCCAGACCUCCGACGGCGACUUGAGAGUCUGGAGUGUGCCGAAGCAGUCCGGACCCGACCCUCCCAACAUUAUCCGUGUCCUGCACCGGUCCGAGGUGCAGUCCCAUGGGCCGUCGUGGUUUGCGUGGUCCAAGAACGGACGCAUCGUCCAGCAUGCCGACGGGUGAGUCUUGACACUUGCAUUGGAGUCGUGCGAUUCAUGUGGUAGCUGACCAAUCAACGUGAAGCGAGACUCGUUCCUGGGACGUCCGCACCAAAAAAGUGACCUACGAAAUAAUCCCAACCGUCGAUGGUGUGACCGGCCUCACGAAUUACGGCCCCAGUGCCACGUUGUUCACCCUCGGCCGUAACCAUACCGUCUACCAGUACGAUAUCAACCCGAGUAGCACGCCUCUGCAGGUAGCCAAUGCCCAACAUGCCCCCGCCAACACGCCCCCAACCCCUCCGACGAUGCUCGAAGAACGCAAGAUUCCCUAUGCGGACUCUUCGCGUGCUGCCGAGCAGCCGAUUCAACUUGGGUACAGCGAGACUGAGAGCAGCGCGGAUGAGAGCGCCGCAUUAUCUCCUCUGCAGAAGAUUGCGCGGGAGAUGGACUCGCUCGAUGCCCUGGAGUCAGAGAUCCGCGACAAGGUGACGCCGCUAAGCCCUUCAAGUCGGGCUUCCUCGACAAGCUCCAAGAGCUCCGGGCGCCGCAAACAGCGGCAAUAUCUUUACGAUCCUCCAGGCUCGUCGAGAGCCUCCACAAGCACCGGCUACGAUGGAACGGAAUUUUCAUUUGGGCCGCCGAUGCGACCGGGGCACGAAAGCAUGUCGAGUCGCUCAGUGACUUCUUUCGCUUCGCAGUCGCAAGCGCGCCAUUCCAGGAGAACUUCAAAUCUCAGAAAGGAGAUCUUGCGGAGUCCCCAAGAAGCCGAAGAUACUGCCAGCAUGGAUCUGUUCCCACAUAUCAAAGCCCGCUUGAGAGGAGUGGCUUUCCGGACGCCCCAUUAUGGCCAGUCAGCUCGCACUCCGGAGCUGUUGCAACGGGAAAUGCUCAGCGUGGUCUUCGGCUGGAACGACGAUGUCAGGAGUCUUAUUCACGAUGAGCUGUCCCGACACAAAACUGGAUCAGCAAGCUCUGUGCUUCUCGCGAGAUGGCUUGGCGAUAUGGGCGCAGAUAGCAUGGCGUCCAUGAUUGGAUCCGAAUCGAUGACUUCUUCGGACUGGAUGCUGCUCGCGCUCAGCUCGAUAGGUGCGGAGUCGCAGAAGAAAGUCGGCGAGGCCUUCGUGCAGCGGUUGCUGGAGAAGGGCGACAUUCACCCUGCGGUCGCCAUUCUACUUGGAUUGGGCGAGACGCACGAUGCCAUUGAAGUCUACGUUUCUCAGUCCUAUUGGCUGGAGGCAGUUCUGCUGACUUGCCUGACAUGCCCUUCGGACUGGCAAAGAAUCUCAUACCUGAUCAGAAAGUGGGGAGAGACGGCAGUUACGCAAGGCCAAGCAGAGUUGGCUGUGAGGUGCUUUUCCUGCACGAGCAUCGAGACGUCUGAGCCCUGGUUCUCCCCACGCGCUCAAGAUGCUGUAUACGCGGCACAACAAGCGCGACUGACAAGUCCAGGCGGCAUGACAAGUCCGCCCGUGUCGCCUCCAUCACGCUCUGGGUCAGGUCGCUUAACCGCAAAGAACGCCUCGUUGAAGCUGAUCACGUCUUUUGGCGACAAAGGGGCGCCACUCUCCGGAGAUCCCGGAACCACCAAACCAGCUCUGACUGCCAUUGGCGUCACACCGAUCGCCCAGUCUGCUCUGUCCCCCGGAGGUGCGCAGCCAUGGAGAAUUGGUCGCGAACCUUCGACUGCCCGAACCGCGACCCCUGGUGGAUAUUCGAGGAGCAAACGACUUCCCUCCAGGAGCGACAUUGAGAGGGCAAAGAGGGACGUCAACGAUAUGUCUACUCCAUUGACUGCGGCACGAGAUAGAUCAAGAGGUGGAAGCCGAAUGGGAAGGACGCUAAUAGUACCGGAGCCGACUACAGCUGUCAAGCCAAGCGCCAAAGACUUUGCUUGCGGCGUUGACGAUGGCCAUCUUCCUUCGCCAGCACACGAUGCAUUCAACCGACUUCGGCAAGAGUCACGCAACCGGAACACGUCGAGAGAGCGAAAGCCAGACGGCCUCUCGGUGCAAGUGUUUGAGACGUCGUAUGGAGGUGCAAUCUCUCCAGGCCCAAGCACGGACGCCAGUCGAACAGAUAGCUCCAGUCAGCACGGCGCUUUAAGUCCUGGACCUCCAACUGGUGGCAGUGGGCGAAGCAACAAAGCGCGCGCUGUGGAUAAGUACAUCAGCAGUGUUGAAGAGGCUAGGAGUGCGGCUCGGCAAGAACGAGCCAAGAGCAGGCAUCGUGGAGAGAGCCGCAAAAGGGGAGAAAGUCGAACAGGAGCCGGAAGAGCUAGCAGCCGCAUGCGAGAUGCUUCCGAGGGCCGUGGACGUGACGUGAGAACGAUCAAGCCUGCGAAGCGCUCACCCUCGUCACCCGUUCCGAUGUCACCGUUGGAGAUUGUCCAAGCAAAUACAAAGCCGCAGAACCUUGAGCCAAACACCGCUGUCGAGCCAGCAACGACAGAUGACGAGAGCUUCUACAAGAUCACCGUUGCGUCUCCCACCGACUCUCACAGAAGCGGCAGAUCAUCCAGGGCCAAAGGAAUGCAGGAACGCAAGCCAUCCAUGGACAAGGCUGCCUUGAUUGGCGGGUUGGCUCCUCUCAACAUUGGCGAUAGUCGUGGUAGAAGUUCCGAGCGCGACAUCGAACCACCUUUGCGAUCGCCUUCUCUCCCUCUGCUGUCUUCGAAACGCUUUGGCGAGGAUGAUGAUGAUACAAAGAGUGACGGGCGCCGCUUACGUUUCCGAGCUCGAAGCAACAGCCGCCAGCCUGGGGAGGAUCUCCAGACUCGUAGACUGGCUCAGCGUGAUCGCAAGCCUCUUAUGGAGGAUCUCCCCAAGGCGGACGAGGAAGCCUACCAAGCAUCGGAGUCGUCCGUCUCUGCGAGAUCUGGCGGACUUAGAGCUCGCGUUCUUACUCGUAAAGAAAUCGCAGCUCAAGAGCUAGAGGCUCGUCGCCGCUCACUGGCCAGGCGACCCUCUGCUCCUGCUAUCCCGCUCCCGGGCGAUAUCCUCUUUGGCCGUCCAGGCAUAGGGAACCGGUCCCAUACCGACCUAGGUGACAGCCCGACAUCUUUCAGCCCACCCCUCUCAAGAAGCCAGACGGUGGAUCCCGAGACCAUGUCGAGGACGAGCAGCUACGGUAACAAGAUUUCUGGAACUUCGACACCGUCGGCGCCCAUCGGCUUGCCUGCGACUCCUCGAGCUAUGAGACAUCCACGCUACAUGAGCACCGAUCCAAACGAGCGCAAGGGGACGCCACCUGUGCCCGAGAUUCCCGGGAAGUUCAGCGAGCUCUCAGGAAGCAGUCUCAGCCAGCUCAAUGGCUCCAGUCUAAGCCAGGCCUCACUCGCUUCAGGGGGCGUCGAGCAUGACUCUACGCUAUCGUCCAAUCGGUCCAAGUCGGCUCUGUCUGAGAAUAGCGACUCCAUUGGCCCACUUCUGCCGUCAACCGUCUUCGGUCAAAAGAGCGGCCAGGGAGUGCCAUCACGCUCCGCUUCUGCUCCACCAGAGAAUCAAAAUGCGAAUGUGCAUCCUCUCUACAAGACUGGCCUACCUGCCUCGAAUCGCCGUCUUUCAACCUCUCGUGGCCACGUUCGCAAGAUUUCGCCUCCCGAUGUAGGCGCGGAGGAGGCAGGACCUGCUAGCAUCGAUGCUGCGCUUUAUGGUGACCAGCAAGUGAUAAUAAUUCCAGAAGAGGAUCUCGUGCCUCCACCAAUGUUGCCGGAACUGCAGCAUCUUGCCAUUCCACCGCCUCCGCCUCCGCCGACAAUGUAUCAGCAGCAAGGCCACACCAACAGCUCAGGUGUCAUUGACAUUGCAAUCGACGAGAUGGCCCCAAUGCCUCCUUCCGCAGUCGAGACACGUAUGCCAAUGCUCCCUAUGCCCAUGGAGCGGGCUCAGACCGCUUCCCCGACGGCUCAUCGGAAGAAUACAUCAAACAGCGACAGCUUCAGCUCCCGUAUCCGCGGAUUUGGCGGUCGUAUGCGCAGCAGCUCCAAGAGCCGUACCAAGUCGCCACCGCUGGGCGAAUACAAGCCUGCUCCUUAUGAAACCGUCCUCCCGCCUGUGAGCUACGGUCACGGUCGUCACGGUAGUAUCACGCACGAGCGAGCACAGUCCCCAUAUGAACAGGCCAUGGCUGCGCAGGACACAAGCAACCAGAUUCCACCACCUCCGCCGCCUCCACCGGCGCCAAUGCAUGGAGGUGAGGCAAAGCUGAGCGAGACGGCGAUUCCACCUUUUACUCUGCCGAAUCGAAGCCAGAGCACGACUGGAUACCGCAAUCCGAAAGAGAUUCGCGCAAACAUGCCUCCGGACACUUUGCAACAAGGCGUCUAUCAUGGCGGCUUCUUGUAG